UGGCAGCAGCAUUUCUUCGAGGUCUUCUGGCAGGACCUCGAUGACCAGCGGAAAGGAGAGUAUCGGAAAAGAGAGUACUAGCAGCACCACAAGCACUGCAUCCGGAAACCCGCUUGUGGAGUGCUCUCAGGCGGAGAUCCUCGAGGAUGCGGAACGGUUUGCCAAAGAGAAUGGCUUGGAGCAGUACGUCGAGGUUAUCAAGAGAGGGGCACUCGUGGCGCGGAACCCGACCAGCAUUGACCACAUCCCUGGACUCACGGACGAGGAGAAGGCGGCACUGCAGCACGAGCGCGACAAACCGUGGUCUCAGCCGUUCAUGCUGUACUACUUGGUGAUUAUGUGCUCUCUCGCUGCCUGCGUCCAGGGGAUGGACGAAUCAGUCAUCAACGGGGCCAACUUGUAUUUCCCUAAACAAUUCGGCAUCGAUCCCUACGCAAUGAGCAAUAGUGGCUCGGAUCGCAACCAAUGGCUCCUCGGCCUGGUAAAUUCCGCUCCCUACCUGUGCUGUGCCGUUGCCGGCUGUUGGCUCUCGGCGCCACUGAACCGUCGCCUCGGACGGCGGGGCACGAUCUUCGUUGGUGCCUCUAUAUGCCUGGUUACCUGCAUCUGGCAGGCAGUCUCAGACUCAUGGCCGCUUCUCUUCGCCGCACGGUUCGUCCUCGGGCUGGGCAUCGGUCCCAACUCCGCUACGGUGCCUGUGUUCGCGGGUGAAUGUGCGCCGACGGCGAUUCGUGGUGCCCUUGUCGGGAUGUGGCAAGUAUUCACGGCGUUCGGCAUCAUGCUGGGCUAUGUCUCGGACCUGGCCUUCCAGACGGUACCAGACAGACCACAUAUCCGCGGUCUCAACUGGAGGCUUAUGCUCGGCAGUGCGGGAAUACCAGCACUCUUCCUUAUGGUGCAAAUCUGGUUCUGCCCUGAGUCCCCCCGAUGGCUCGUCUCGAAAGGUCGCUACGCCGAUGCAUGGCGCUCCUUGCUGCGCCUGCGACACUCGCAGAUUCAGGCAGCCCGGGAUCUCUAUUACAUACAGGCCCUCCAGAAAGUACAGAUGAAGGACAAGCCCCAAGGGAACCAACUUAUCCAGCUGUUCGCAGUGCGACGCAACCGCAGAGCCACAAUUGUUUCACUCAUGCUUAUGUUUAUGCAGCAAUUCUGCGGCGUCAACGCGAUCGCGUACUACUCUUCAAAUAUCUUCACCGAUUCCGGAUUCAGUAACACGCAAGCUCUGCUGGCGUCGUGGGGCUUCGGCCUGACGAACUGGCUAUUCGCGUUCCCGGCGCUGUACACCAUUGACCGAUUCGGGCGUCGCAAGUUGAUCCUCACAUCGUACCCAUUAAUGGCCGUGUUCCUGCUCAUGACCGGGCUGGCUUUCUUCAUACCAGAUCAACAGGCCCGCAUUGGCGUCAUCGCUGCAGGCAUUUAUCUGUUCACCAUCGCAUAUUCACCUGGCGCCGGCCCUGUGCCGUUCACAUACUCGGCGGAAGCGUACCCGAUGGCGGUUCGAGACUUUGGGAUGUCGCUUUCGACGGCCUGGCUUUGGUUCUUUAACUUUGUCGUAGCGAUCACGUUCCCCCCGCUCGUCGGUGCAUUUACGGUGGCUGGCGCGUUCGCGUGGUACGCUGGCUGGAACUGUGUCGGCUUCGCGGUGGCGUACUUUAUUAUGCCCGAGACAAAAGGCCGAUCGCUCGAGGAGUUGGAUCAUGUGUUCUCCACGUCGGGUCGUGAAUACGCGUGGGACAAGUUCAGGUCGUGGAAGAGGUUUGGACAAGGCACGAGGGUGUUCCGCCGACGCCGCGGCGGGGACAGGCGGCUCUACGAUGUCGAUGAAGACUCGCGGGCAGGGGUAGCCGUGUAG